AGAGAGAAGAUAGGGAAGGACAGAAAGGAGAGGGAAGGAGACAAAGAAUAGAAUAGAGGGGAGACAAGAGAGAAAGAAAAAGCAGGGAGGGGAAAAAAAAGCAGAGGGGAGUCAGAGAGAAAAGAGAGGGAGGGAGAGAGGGAGAGGAAAUGAGAGAGAACAAGAGAGAGGGGAUGGGAAAGAAAGGAAGAAAGACUGCUUUAUAGCUGCUACGACUGCAGUCAGAAAUAGCAUAUGUAAUAACUACCGUGAGCUGUAAGCUAUCUAGAAGCCAAGACCAGAUUUUGUUCACUUUUAUUAAUUAGUUACUAAGAGGGAAAGAAAUGACAGCUGUUUCCAUCUUCUUCUACAUCUUAAUCACUGGGAAAUAUUUUAUUCAUGGAACCGAACAUGACAGCCAGUGCUCCCUUGGGUAUUUCCCUUGUGGAAAUGCUACCAAGUGCUUGCCUCAGCUACUUCACUGUAAUGGGGUGGAUGACUGUGGAAAUCAUGCCGAUGAAGAAAAUUGCGGAGACAACAAUGGAUGGUCCCUGCAGUUUGAUAAAUAUAUUGCAAAUAAUUAUAAAAUGAUUUCCCUGUAUCCUUUUGAGACAGAGCCCUCUGAAUGCUUGGUUGAUUCUGUGCCAGUGAAAUGUCUAUGCCAAGGUCUAGAACUUGACUGUGAUGAAGCCAACUUACGUGCUGUCCCAUCUGUAUCUUCAAAUGUGACUAUGAUGUCACUACAAUGGAACUUAUUAAGAAAACUUCCCAGUGAUGGUUUCAAGAAGUACCAAGAUCUUCAGAAGCUGUAUCUGCAAAAUAAUAAAAUUAGAUCUGUGUCCGUGCAUGCUUUCAGGGGACUACAUAACCUUACAAAGCUGUAUCUGAGCCACAACAAGAUAACUGUUUUGAAACCUGGUGUAUUUGAAGAUCUCCACAGAUUGGAAUGGCUAAUAAUUGAAGAUAACCAACUCAGUAGGAUUUCUCCAUUAACAUUUUAUGGGCUUAAUUCUCUUAUCCUCCUGGCAUUAAUGAAUAAUUCUCUUGCCCACUUACCUGAUAAGCCACUUUGCCAGCAUAUGCCUAGACUACACUGGCUAGACUUUGAAGGCAACCAUAUCCACAAUUUAAGAAACAUGACUUUCAUUUCCUGCAGUACUUUAACUGUUUUGGUAAUGAGGAAAAAUGAAAUCAACCACUUAAAUGAAAAUAGCUUUGCCCCCCUUCAGAAACUAGAUGAACUGGACUUAGCAAGUAACAAGAUUGAAGCUCUCCCUCCUUACCUGUUUAAAGACCUGAAGGAGCUUUCACAACUGAACCUUUCCUAUAACCCAAUCAAGAAAAUCAAAACAGAUCAAUUUGACUCUCUAGUCAAACUCAAGUCUCUAAGCCUGGAAGGAAUUGAAAUUUCAAAUAUUCAAAGAAGAAUGUUUGCACCUCUUAGGAAUCUAUCCCACAUAUAUUUUAAAAAAUUCCAGUACUGUGGCUAUGCUCCACAUGUACGCAGUUGCAAGCCAAAUACUGAUGGAAUUUCAUCCUUAGAGAAUCUCUUGGCAAGCAUCAUUCAGAGAGUGUUUGUCUGGGUUGUAUCUGCAGUUACGUGCUUUGGAAAUAUCUUCGUCAUCUGCAUGAGGCCCUAUAUCAGGUCUGAGAACAAGCUUCAUGCUAUGUCAAUCAUCUCUCUCUGCUGUGCUGACUGCUUGAUGGGAAUAUAUUUAUUUGUGAUUGGAGUCUUUGACCUGAAGUAUCGUGGAGAAUACAAUAAACAUGCACAGUUAUGGAUGGAUAGUAUCCACUGCCAGCUAGUAGGAUCUUUGGCCAUACUCUCCACAGAAGUAUCAGUUUUACUUCUAACUUUUCUGACUUUGGAAAAAUAUAUCUGCAUCGUCUACCCUUUUAGAUGUUUGAAACCUGGAAAAUGCAGGACAAUUACAAUCUUGAUUCUUAUAUGGAUUAUUGGGUUUAUAGUGGCUUUUAUUCCAUUGAGCAACAAGGAAUUUUUCAAAAACUAUUAUGGAACCAAUGGAGUCUGUUUCCCCCUUCAUUCAGAACAGGGAGAAAGUACAGGAGCACAGAUUUAUUCAGUAAUUAUUUUUCUUGGUGUUAAUUUGGCAGCCUUUAUCAUCAUCGUUUUUUCCUAUGGGAGCAUGUUUUACAGUGUUCACCAAACUGCUAUUACUGCAACAGAAAUCCGGAAUCAUGUUAAAAAGGAAGUGACCCUUGCCAAACGUUUUUUCUUCAUUGUUUUUACGGAUGCCUUGUGCUGGAUACCCAUUUUUAUAUUGAAAUUCCUUUCUCUGCUUCAGGUAGAAAUACCAGGUACCAUAACUUCUUGGGUGGUGAUUUUCAUUCUUCCUAUCAAUAGUGCUUUGAAUCCCAUUCUUUAUACUCUCACUACAAGACCAUUCAAAGAAAUGAUUCGUCAAAUUUGGUAUAACUACAAGCAAAGAAGAUCCAUCGAAAGCAAGGGCAGUCAGAAAACCUAUACUCCAUCAUUCAUCUGGGUAGAAAUGUGGCCAGUUCAGGAGAUCCCACCUGAGCUAAUAAAGCCUGCUCUUUUUACAGACUCUUGUGAAAUGUCACUAAUCACUCAAUCAACAAGAAUCAAUUCGUAUACAUAACUAUACUCUAACAUUAGAAAAUCCACAAUGAAUACCAUCAUGUGCUUCAAAGUGGACUUACUAUUACUAAAACAAAGUUAUAAAAUAUCCAGUGUAUACUAGACCCAGAGGAAGAUUUAGAAAAGAACAAGAGGAAGGUCUCUCCAAAGUGGAUCUCUUUGGUGGAAGAUUUAUAAAAGUAGUAGCCACAUAUGAAAGGAUGCAUAUGAAUUGUGGCUUGCACCACACCAAGUAUCCAUACCAAUGAGCUUAUAGAUCCAUAGAAGUAUACAAGAGGAGGAGAAAAUGAAUUAGCUGACAACAACAUCUGAUUGUAACACCUCUGGAAAAAUAAAGAGGUUCAAUUCCACAUAGAAGGAAGUAAAUUAUAGAGGACAAUGAACCAAAAAAUAGUUCAUAUAUUGCAUGAGAAAUUGAAAAAAAAAACUUCACAGAGGAUUGUUUGGAUCUAUUUUCAAUCUGUAAUGUAUAAUUAUGCAUGUGCAACAAAGAAAAUGUCUGCUAAAUAACUGGAUUCCCAGUAAUAGGCUGGGACUUUGUUGACUUUGUCGUUCAGUAAAUACAAGAAUGACGUGCACUUUUUUCCUUAAAUUUCUUAUAAAUAUAUGGGGAGCACUAGGUUUCAAAGAAUCAGAAAAAAAUAGCAAAGGGAAGCACAGCAGAUCUGGAAUCAGAAGACAUGACUUGGAAUCCUGAUUCUGAAGCUUGGAAUCUGGGUAACUUUGGGCAAAUCACCUUCAGUAUCUGUGGACCUAAGUUUCCUCAUCUAGUAAAGGAGGGGUUGGAAUCUAAGGGUGGGUGGAUCUCUAAGUUCCCUUCCAGCUUUAAUUCUAUGAUGCUGGGAUCUUGAUCAUCUAUUAAAAAAAAAAAAAAGACUCAAGAGAUUUUUCUUCAUUAAGGAUCUAUGUCUUUCAUUUCCUCUUGUUUGUGGACACCUGUACAUACCCCUCACACAUGAAUCCAAGCACUGUUGUUACUUUCUUAGGCAAAACUCCCUACACUAACACUUACCUGCCACUUACCUGGCUGGGGUUCUCUAUGUUUCAAGUGGACAGCAAACAGCAGCUGGGACUGCAGAAGCACAGUCCAUAAUCUGCAACAAUAUGGAUCUAGAAGCACUCGCAACAAGAUCCAAGCAAGACUAUAGUCAGUAACUCUAAUGUUUUUCUGCAGGUCAGGAAAAGUUCAAAGGACCUGUGUCUGUAAGGGGACAGUUGCCACUAAAUACUACACCUUGCUAUGUGCAUGACCAAUUCAUAUGAUAACUAUUUUGUGACUAAAUGAUUUUCAUCUAAGAAUUGCUACAAUCUUAGUUCCAUUUGAAAAUUUCUCUAAAGGAAGAUACAUUUUUUGUGCUAAACAAACAAAAAAGCAAUUUUAAUUGUGAUUUUUCAUAUGUUUACAAUUCUUCAAAAUGGCAUAAAAUGAGGAACUGAUGAGUAUGUGUAUAUACUGUUUCUUUUGACAAUAAAGUUACUUGAACAAUAAA